UCUUUCACAACCCAAACCCAAACCAAAACCCAAACAACAUUUCUCUUUCUCUCUCUAAAGUUCUCAACCCUUGUUCUCUCUAAGAAUUUCAGCUGUUAACGAAGAAGGAAAACCGAAAAUGCGGAUGAGCUGUAAUGGAUGCCGAAUACUACGAAAAGGGUGCAGUGAGAAUUGUAGCAUCCGGCCAUGUUUGCAGUGGAUAAAGAGCCCUGAAUCUCAGGCCAACGCCACCGUUUUUCUUGCCAAGUUUUACGGCCGCGCCGGGCUCAUGAACCUCAUCAACGCCGGUCCCGAACACCUGCGACCUGCGAUAUUCCGGUCACUGUUGUACGAGGCAUGCGGGCGGAUUGUGAACCCGAUUUACGGGUCGGUCGGGUUGCUGUGGUCCGGGUCAUGGCAGCUUUGUCAAACCGCCGUGGAGAACGUGCUUAGAGGCCAGCCGAUCACUCCGAUCACCUCUGAGGCCGCGGCCAACGGGCAUGGCCCACCUCUCAAGGCGUACGACAUUCGCCACGUGUCCAAGUCCAAGGACGAGAACUCCGCCGCGUCCAAUGAUCCCCAGAAGGCGAAGACGCGCUACCGGUUCAGGAGGUCGUCCGCCGCGAAGGCCAAGAAUAACAAGACCGCGUCCGGAGAGGUCGCGGCGGUUAAGUUGGAAGCCAAGCCGCACUGGACCAGGGACGAGCUCAACCGCUCAACGAGUCACGACUCGUCGCUGAGUCAUCAGUCCGAGGCUGCCAACGUGGACUGCGACACCAAAGAAACCGAGAGCAUGAUCUCCUCAGAGACGGCCGAGGCAACGCUCUUGUUCCGAGUCGAGCGGGAGUCGUCGGCGCACAAGAGACUCUCGCCGGUUCAGGAAAGCGAGUUGGGUCUGGAUCUGACUCUUGGUCUGGAAUCUUCGUCACGUGCACCGCGCGUGGUUCCGGUGAAGAAGAGAAGGGUAGACAUCUCAGGAUUCUGCGGUGGCUCGUCGUCGGGUGACGGCGCGUGUAAAAUGGAGCUGGGCCUUGCUUGAGUAAAGUUACUGAAUCAAGUUUUGACGGCAGAUAUCGGUUCCUCUGAUCACAUUGAAGAGAUCCUGACCCUUCCUUUGGCGUAGUAUGCUUUUUUUAGUUUUGGAGUCGUUUUUAACACUUUGUGAAGCGAACGAUGUACAAAUGUGGGUUUUUUUGCACGUACAGCAGGAAAUGGUUAAUCCGUAAAUGAACAGAGGGGGACAAAUAAAUCUUAGGUGGGAUCUAUCUUUAAUGCUCCUUGCAGUAAAAGUGAAAGAUAUGUUUCAUGUUAUUUACAGUGCAAGUACUAGUAGUACUACACUAGAGUACAAUUUUGUUGUCAGAAUGAGAGAGCGUAACGCUGUUUUCCUA